AUUAGGUUAUCUGUUCAAUCUCUUCUUCUCCAACUCAAUCUCUGUCUGUGUGUGUGUGUGUAUAUAUAUGUAUAUGCAGACUAGUUCUCUGAACAUUCUGCUUCACUGUAUCUCCAAAUGUCUCUGUCAUCGUUCUUCUGUUCGCUCCACCACCGCCUCACAUCGAGGCGGCCGCUGCUGCUCCAUGCCGUGACGUGGACGGCGAUCCUCGGAUCCACCGUGGCGGUGGCGUCGUUCUCGCCGGAAGUGACAUUCGUUUCAGCGGUCUCUCCGGCGUCCGCCUUCUCCCGGUCGUGCGAGGGCCGGGGGCUCGUCAGGCUUCCACUGGAUGAUCCGGCGGAGGUCUUGUGCUUCCCGGCGCACAUGUUACGGCGGUCAAGGGUCGACCUGGUCGUCCCUCCGGUGUACGCGGCGCUAGUCGUUGCCGGAUCUCUCUGCGCUGUCCGAGCCUUGGGUCUGUGGGAGAUGGAUAACGACGACAGACUUUGAGCGAGCCUCCGAGCUUGGCUUAAUUCAAUCGCUCGCGGUUUGUUUCCUUCUUCCAUUCAUGGUCUAUAAAAGCUGUGAUUCAAACUAUUCAAUUGUCGUUUGUACAUUAGAAGUUUUGAAUGUGCGAGGACUCGAUUCUAUCUCCAUGAAUCUUGAGAAUUGCUUCAUUGCUUCUUCUAUUUUUUAUCCUUCCAUUUGAAUUAUUUUUCUUUUUUAUAUUAUCCCAUCGAAUCUUUUAUCCUUCCAUUUAAAUUAUUCUUCUCCUCUAUAUUAUCCCGUCGACUUUUAUCGAUAAAUAUAACCUCUUUUGCACUUGUAAAA